UCUCUAUUCUCAUUUCAUGCAUCUUCUGUGUAUGCCUUAAUUUCCACAUCUUUCUCUUUCUCUCUCUUUCUUUCUUUAUUUUUCUUCCCCACAUUGCUCCAUACUCUUCUCUCUCUUCCCUUUUAUAUCUUCUUUUCUUCUUCUUUCAUUAACAUAUUUUCAUCAUCUCUAUUUAUUCUCUUCUUUUAUGGUUAUGGCAGUUCAAGCACAAUACCCUUCUAACGUUCUCCUCUUAAACAGAAAUGUACAAGAUACCAAUGAUUUUUCUUUACAAAAUCAACAUGGUGGAGGUGUAACUGCUGGAUUUAUAGAACCAUCUCAUACCCUUUUUAAUAAUCAUGGAGUAGUGGGACUUAAUCCAAGGAAAAGAAGCAGAGAAGUUGGAGCAGCAACAACAACUACAACAGUUGAUUCAUUCAAUUUUUCUUUACAAAAUCAACAACAAAAUCAAAAUCAAAGUCAUCAGUUUAUUGAUCUUACUCAGCUUCAAAAUCAUCAACAAUCAAAUGUUGUAUCAACUGGUCUCAGAUUAUCAUUUGAUGAACAAAAUCAUCAACUUCAACAACAACAACAAAUUCAGCAACAGCCCAAUAAUACAAUUCUAUCUCCUUUAUCUGAAGAAUUCUCUCUCCAAUUCAAACAACAGAGUGAUGAAAUCACCUAUUUUCUCCAUACCCAGGGGGAACAUUUAAGGCGCACGUUAGCAGACAAACGGCAGAGGUACUAUCGUGCGCUUGUAGGCGCAGCUGAGGAAACUGUAGCACGGCGGAUGAAGGAAAAAGAAGCAGAGAUAGAAAAGGCAGCAAGACGAAUCGCAGAGUUGGAGGCCCGAGCGGCCCAAUUAACAUUGGAGGCCCAGUCAUGGCAGGUCAAAGCCCGGGCCCAAGAAGCCCAAGCUGCGAACCUUCAAGCCCAACUACAGCAAGCAAUGGUAGGGCCCACAAACGUCAAUGGAGGAGAUAAGGAAGGAAGUGGAGUUGGGUGUAAUGGUGAUGCAGAGGAUGCCGAGUCAGCUUACGUUGACCCAGUGAGUGACCGGCGAGUCCCAUCACCGAGUUGCAAGAUGUGUCGGACACGUGUCGCUACGGUGGUGCUUUUGCCUUGUCGGCAUUUAUGCGUGUGUAGAGAGUGUGACGACGUCGUUCAAGCAUGCCCACUUUGCUUAUCUAUGAGAACUGCCAGUAUUGAGGUUUACCUUGCUUAAGUAGACCCACUUGGCCCAUUAACGGAAUCCAGGCCCAUAAACUGAAACCCAAUAGAAAAAAAGGACCUUUUGAAAAGAAAAGAGAUAAUGAGAAAAAAUGGUACUUAAUUAUAAAAUUAAUAAACCAAUUUUAUAAUUAAUCCUUUUGGUUUAUAAUCCAACCCCAAUAACAGCAAGAACUAAUUAAUUUUUUAGAAAUAUGAUUUUAAUAUGUGGGGUGGUGAUGCUGUACAUGGCCAAUGGAUGGCAAUUUAUUUUUGGCUUUUUGAAAUUCAAUUUAAUACAUAAAAAAUUCUUUUAUUUCAUAAUUAAUUAUUUGCAUGAAUUUUGACAGAUUUUGUAUUAAAUAAUUUUAGUGAACGUUCUAGACAUGCUCGUAUUGAGAAUAAAUAUUUACACAAAAAUUGAGGGGGCCUAAUUUCUCAAUUUCUUUUUUACUAGAUUUUAGAACCACUUAGGUCUUAUUUGAAAUGGAGGAAAAAAAAAAAGAAAAGAAUUUGGAGGGAUUGAAAUCUUUUUAUUUGGAUAGAAAAACGGGAGGAAGAGAAUUUAAAGGGAAUAACUCCUUUCAUUUUGUUAACAAUUGAAUCUCUUUAUAAGAAAAAAAAUUUGAAAGUAAAAUGAAAUUUCUUUGUUUCCCUUUCUCUUUCCUAUCUAUACAUAUAACGUAGUUUUUUGCCUCUCUUUUUCUCCCCUUCCUUUCCUUUUCUUUCUCUUUUCUUUUUUUUUUUCUUUUCUCUUUUAAUUUGCUAUUCAUAAAUAGGUGUUAGUUAUCUUUGACAAAAAAAAUAAUUUUAUUUUUCUAAUAACUAUAUUUUUUUAGUUUACUUUUUAUCUAUUUUCUAAAAAUUUACACCCAUAACAGGCGUGACCUUAGAAUUAGACCUUAAAUUGGAGUAAUGCGAACACAUGAAAAAUGAAUGCAAAUUCUACUCAUUGAAAUGAAUAGUGCAUUUUUUAACCAAACAACUACAACUUAAUAAAUACGAUUUUUCCAGUAAUUAUGCGCAUGCAAUUUACUUGCAUUAGUCAUUCCAUAAUUGUUUAGUUAAUUCAUAUUGUACUAGUUGUUUUUGAUAAUUAUUUCAAUUUGAUGUUACAUAUAUGAUCAAAUUCAAUAAAAGAAAAAUCAAUACAAAUCUUCAAUUAUUUAA